UUUUCCUGCAAACUAAGACCAUGAGUGCUUGUAACUUUCUUCUUGUACAUUGAAUAGGAAGCUGCCGAAACUUCCACUACCAAGCACCAGAUUUGUUUGGAAUAGUUUGUCUGUGACCAGAAACUGCAGCGGAAUCCACUAGCAUCAUGCCUUUACCAAGGCGUAGAUCUUCCAUCUUGGGGCAACAGCACAACUACCCCUCUGCAGAACACUCAGGUGCAACCCACCGUAGAGUCAACAUUAGCAGUGCAAGCAAUGUGCCCAGGAAUCCUGGAGUAUCCGUAGGCAGUGCUCUAAGUAGUGGAUUUAGUAGCCUUGGUACACGUGUGUCUCGACGGGCCUUGGGUAUCAGCAGUGUUUUCAUGCAAGGACUGCGCAGCUCAGCACCUACUGUUCCAGCAGCUCAAGUUCUGGAUAAAGGAAGGGUCCCAACUUUUGAGUCUCUGAAUAGCUGCCUUAUGGAGUACAUAGACAAAGUGAGAGCUUUAGAGCAGAUGAACAGAGAGCUGGAGGAUCAUAUAAGUGUCUAUCUGGACAAGAAGUCUUCGACGGUCAGCAGCUGGGGGUCUCUCAGGGAUAAAUGGCAAAAUAUCUACCAUCAAGUAGGGGAUGCUGUCCUGGAUAAUGCACGGCUGAUGCUUCAAACAGAAAAUUUACAAGCAUGUGCUGAAGACUUCAAAGAAAGGUAUGAGAAUGAGCAGUCAUUUCGAAAGGCAGUUCAGGAGGCGAUCCGUUCUUUGUACAAAGUGAUUGAUGAUGCAAACCUGACCAAAAAGGAUCUAGAAAGUCAGAUCGAAAACAUGAAGGAAGAGUUGACUUUGUUGUCGAAGAAUCAUGAGGAGGAUGUAAAGAUGCUGUAUAAACAGUUGGCUGGAUUUCAGCUAGAAGAAAUGGAUGUGUCAAUUGGGACUGGACUUGAUGGCAUUCUGGAAAUUAUUAGGACUCACUGGGAGAACGACAUCGAGAAAAAUAGAGCUGAGACAGGUGCCCUUCUGCAAACAAAAAUAGCUGCACUGCCAGCUGCACAAGGUGAUGAGGAGGAAUUGGCAGAAAAUCUAAAGGAAGAGUUUCAUGACACAACGUGCAAAAUCCAGAGCUUGCAGGCAGAGACAGAAUCAUUAAGGACAUUGAAAAGGGGCCUGGAAAAUGCUCUGCACGAUGCUAAGCAUUGGCAUGACAUUGAACUACAAAACUUAAGUUGUGUGAUUACCAAGCUGGAAGCAGAGUUAGAGGAGAUCAAAAUGGAGACUGAGCAUCAGAAGAGGGAUAGAGAGCAGCUGAUGACCAGCAAGAAGCACCUGGAAAAGGAUAUAGUGACCUACCAUGCUAUCCUGGAUGGAGAAGAAAAAAGAUGAAUUUCAAGAAGCAAUCAACUGAAAUGCUGAGCCUGAUGCUAAAUGAUUAGUUAAUAAAAAAUGUUCCAGUAGGAGGUGUUUGGUUUAGUGAUUUACCACAUCUGGGGGAAACCACAGUGAUUUUUAUUUUGUUUGUA